AGGAACCAAGAGCUCCUCUGACCACUCUGUGAUUCUAGCUAACCUGGGACUCGUGACCUCUGACCCCACCUUCCCUGCCCUGAGGGGCCAGGGAGAAGCUCUGCUGCUGCAGACCUGGGUGCUCACUGAAGCAGAGACUCUGCGGGGCUCAUUUCUGGCUGGUCAUGCCGCAGCGGAGGCGGCAGCUGCAGGAUGAACUGGCAGCCUUCUUCUUCGAGUAUGACACCCCCCGGAUGGUGCUGGUACGCAACAAGAAGGUUGGUGUCAUCUUCCGGGUGAUCCAACUGGUGGUCCUGACCUAUGUUGUUGGGUGGGUGUUUGUCUUCGAGAAAGGCUACCAGACCUCAAGUGGCCUCAUUAGCAGUGUGUCCGUGAAGCUUAAGGGCCUGGCAGUGACCCAGCACCAGAGCCUGGGUCCCCAGGUCUGGGAUGUAGCUGACUACGUCUUCCCAGCACAGGGGGACAACUCCUUUGUGGUCAUGACCAACUUCAUUGUGACCCCCCAGCAGGCUCAAGGCUACUGUGCAGAGAACCCAGAAGGAGGCCUGUGCAAAGAUGACAAUGGCUGUACGCCUGGGAAGGCAGAAAGGAAAGCCCAAGGUAUCCGCACAGGCAAGUGUGUGGCCUUCAAUGAUACUGUACGUACGUGUGAGAUCUUUGGCUGGUGCCCUGUGGAGGUGGAUGACAAGGUCCCACGUCCUGCCCUUCUCCGAGAGGCCGAGAACUUCACCCUCUUCAUCAAGAACAGCAUCAGCUUUCCACGCUUCAAGGUCAACAGACGCAACCUGGUGGAAGAGGUAAAUGUCACCUAUAUGAAGAGCUGCUUGCAUCACAAAACCUUGCACCCUCUGUGCCCUGUCUUCAGCCUCGGUUACCUGGUGCAGGAGUCUGGCCAGGACUUCAGCACCCUGGCAAUAAAGGGUGGAGUGGUUGGCAUCACCAUCGACUGGAACUGCGACCUGGACUGGCACGUGCGACACUGCAAACCCGUAUAUGAGUUCCACGGGCUGUAUGGGGACAAAGAUUUGUCUCCAGGCUUCAAUUUCAGGUUUGCCAGAUACUUCAUGCAGAACGGGACCAACCGUCGUCACCUCUUCAAGGUGUUCGGGAUUCGCUUUGACAUCUUGGUGGAUGGCAAGGCUGGAAAGUUUAACAUCAUUCCCACCAUGACCACCAUUGGCUCUGGGAUUGGCAUCUUCGGGGUGGCCACAGUCCUUUGUGACUUGCUGCUGCUCCACAUCCUGCCCAAGAGACACUACUACAAGCAGAAGAAGUUCAAAUACGCAGAGGACAUGGUGGUGGGAGAGGGUGAGCAGGACCCUGCAGCCACCAGCUCGACCCUGGGCCUGCAGGAGAACAUGAGGACUUCCUGACCCGCGACCCCUGGCCCUGCCUGGAUGUAGCUCAAGGCUUCAGGCUGGGGCUAGUGUGUCCCAGCCAUGGUGCAGGGGUCUUUCGAGGGAUAGAAGACACAAGUGUGCCCACAGCUCGGGGCAGACACUAAUUGAGACUGUGUAAUUCAGGUCUCUGUCUCCAACUCCACACCCCAAGGGAGACCCAUCCCAGUUUUGGCCACUCUGGGUCCAGAAGGCUCUAGCUGGUAGGGUUCCUUACACACCUGUCCACCAUCUUUGUGCAUGUUUCCAGGGCUUUCAUUGUUAUUAUCCAUCCUCUUCCUCAAUUUCCUUUGAUCUGUGCUCUCCAACAUGACAGCUACUAGCCACAGAGGUGGUGAUUUCAAUUUAAGUGAUUUAAAAUCCGAUAAAACAAAGGAAACUUCAGCUCAGUGAACUUUUGUGGCUGGCAGCUGAUAUAUUGGACAUCACAAGACAUUUUUAUCAUUGCAGAAAGCUCAGUGAGUCAGGUCUGCUUGAGCCCUGUUUCUGAGUGACUUCCUGGGGAGCAUCUCAGCAAUGUCAGUGCCUGGGUCACCCUGUACCUUUUAUACCAGAUGCUGAAGGAAUGGCCAUGUGAUCUGCAUAGAUAGAGCCCUGAGCCAGGCUCUGCUGGUUCACACCUAGCUACUCAGGAGGCUGAGAUCCAAGAAUCAUGGUUUGAAGCCAGCCCUGGCAGGAAAGU